ACCCAGUCACCCAUGCGCCCGCUGCCUCCCGACUCCAAGCCUUUGCACACCUGUGUCCUCAGCCAGGACCCCACGUACACGCUGGCCUCAAGCUUCUGGCCAGGCUCGUGGGGGGCCGUCCUGAUCCCCACCCUCGCGCUGGCCAGGGCCUCUGGGCUGGGUCCUUCUGGGCACCCCGCGAUCCGGUUCUGUGGACCUGGCGGCCCCUGGCAGUGCCAGGCCUGGUGACCCCGCGGCCGAUGAAGGAGGGGUCAUCAUUUACAUCCGCGAGUGAGGGGGAGGCCUCGGCACGGCGGGCGCUCCACGCAUCCCGUUCUCCUCUGCCCACCGCCCCAGGCCGGCCCCACCCCACCGCCUCGGGGCGGGGCGCCCCUCGCCCCGGCGCGGGCUCCGGGACCUGGACGCUGGGGGUCGCGAGCUGGACGUGCAGCUGCUCCGCGGUCCCCUGGCCUGCCCUUCCCAGGGUGGGGCCGGGCCUGCGUGGCAGUGCCACGGGCACGGCGGGCACAGGCGAGGCCUCGGGGUCCACGCGGGCAGCAUCGCCGCGGCCCCUCCCUGGGGACCGAGGCGGGGCUGGGGACAAAUCUGCUGCCUCACGGCCCGCGACAGCCUGGCGCCCUCGCCCCUGCAGCCGCGCUGCAACCAAAUUUCGUAGAGGACGUGGCCCGCCCGCGACCCCAGGCAAGUGCUCCACCAUUGAGCCAGACAGCCUGGCCCCAUGGUGAAGCAUUUGCAGCUUCUGAAUUGCUGAUUGAGAGGAAUUCGUCACAGCACGAGGAACGCGCGUGUGUUUUCGUCCCACAUCAUACCGUGGCUACCGUGCGAUGUCACCGUAUCAUCUGUAGAAGGAAAAGACUGGCCAGGGCGCGAGCUCUACAUGGAGAGAACCUGUGGCAUUUGUCUCUCCGCUCUUCUGCUUUUUCCUACAAUAGCUGCUCUUUACUUUUUUUUUUUUUUUUUGGUACCAGGGAUCAAACUCGGAUCCUUUC